AUGGGCAGUGAGGGGACGAACAAACUUGUUGCACCACCACCAAAGGAGGUGUUUUGGAAUGCUCGCGAGAUUUGCCAAAUAGACGGCUUCUGGUUCUACGCCGACUUCAAGGAAUCCAUGGCGGCCUUCAGGUCCGACUUCCAGCCGAGAAGCGACGACGUCCUCGUCACGUCGUUCCCCAAAACGGGGACGACGUGGGUCAUGGCUCUCUGCCACAACAUCCUUCACCGCGAUGAUAGAGUCGAGGACGACGUUCUGACGAGGAUGAACCCUCACGAGCUCAUUCCGACGCUCGAGGUCUUCUUCCUCACGGACCAGGUCCAAAAAGAUCUCGUGCUCGAAUCCAGCGGCGGGGGUCGGUUGCUCCAGACUCACUUGGCCUAUACUUGCUUGCCGGAGGCCGUGAAGAACUCCGGCCGGGGCAGCAAGAUUGUCCACGUGACUCGAAACCCGAAGGACACUCUGGUGUCGAUGUGGCAUUUCUACAACAAGGUCUUCGAAUGUCCCGCGGGCGGCACCAGCCCGUUCCCGAUGGAGGGGGCGGUGGAGAGCUUCUGCAGCGGGGUUCUUCCCUGGGGGCCUUUUUACGAACACGUGGUGGGCUACUGGGAAGAGAGCAAGAAGCGGCCCGACGAUGUGUUUUUUCUCAAGUACGAGGAUCUGUGCCGAGACCCCAAGGAGCAUGUGAGGAAGCUGGCUUCAUUUCUGGGGAAGCCGUUUCCCCCUGUAGGUGAUGAUGAGGAGGUGGAGAAGGUGUUGUGGCUUAGCAGUCUGGGUAGACUCAAGGAGUUGGAGGUGAACAAGAAUGUUGUUUCGAAACUGACCCAGAUACCGAAUAGCUCUUUUUUCAGGAAAGGAACGGUGGGGGAUUGGAAGAACUACUUGACUCCUCAGAUGGCCGAACGCGUUGACCAACUCACGCAGCUCAAGUUGCAUGGAACUGGGCUUUCUCUUGAUGAUUUCUAA